AGUGCCUAGGUGGAGCUUCUCUCCAAGGAUGGAGUGUAGGUAGCCAAGGAGGCCGAAAACAAGAUGGCCGAUGGGGAAGAGAUGCGGUUUAAUAAUGACGGUCUCGGGCCCUCUCCUUUUAAAUCUCGGGCCCGGAAAGGGGCCCUGAAAAAGAAAAAUGUCAUUUGCGUCAAAGAUCACCGUUUCAUUCCUAGAUUUUUCAAACAACCGACGUUCUGCAGCCACUGCAAAGAUUUCAUCUGGGGUUUUGGAAAACAAGGAUACCAGUGCCAAGUUUGUAGUUUCGUGGUUCAUAAAAGGUGCCAUGAGUUCGUCACUUUUAAGUGCCCGGGUGUUGACAAAGGCGUCGAUUCUGACGAUGCCAGGACGAAGCAUCAGUUUGUGGUGCACACUUACACUAGUCCCACCUUCUGCGACCAUUGCGGAUCCCUCCUUUACGGAAUCAUUCAUCAGGGAUACAAAUGCAAGGCCUGUGAUAUGAACGUUCACAAACGAUGCCAAGAGAGCGUUCCUAAUCUUUGCGGUUGUGAUCAUACAGAAAGGAGAGGGAGGAUAGAGCUCAAAGUUUCGGCUAUCAAUAACAAACUUGUAGUUGAAGUAAGACAAGCUAGAAAUCUCAUACCUAUGGAUCCAAAUGGUCUGUCAGAUCCUUACGUUAAAAUGAAGUUAGUUCCAGAUACGGGCGAGUCCAUGAAAAGGAAAACCAAGACAAUCAAAGCUAACUUAAAUCCUGUUUGGGGUGAAACGCUAUCUUUCGACUUAAAACCCGAGGACAAAGAUCGUCGAUUGUUAAUUGAAGUAUGGGAUUGGGAUAGAACGUCCCGGAAUGACUUUAUGGGAUCGCUGUCCUUUGGAAUUUCCGAAAUUAUGAAAAGCCCAGCCGAAGGAUGGUUUAAAUUGCUCACUGCUGAAGAAGGAGAAUUCUAUAACGUUCCAGUUCCGCCAGAAGACAAAGAUAUCUCUGAGCUCAAAACACAGAUGAAGUCGAGAAUCUCAAUGUCUACGAAGAAAUCAGAAAAGAUCUCUGCGAUUACUGACAUUCCACAUAAUAUGGGCAAGCAAGAUGUGAUCAGGGCUUCCGAUUUUAAUUUCAUCAUGGUCCUAGGAAAGGGCAGUUUCGGUAAGGUAAUGCUUGCGGAGCGCAAAGGUACAGAUGAAUUGUAUGCUAUUAAAAUACUAAAGAAAGACAUCAUUAUUCAAGACGAUGAUGUAGAAUGUGCAAUGGUGGAGAAAAGAGUACUUGCCCUUGCCAAUAAACCUCCUUUUCUGGUGCAACUUCAUUCAUGCUUCCAAACGAUGGACAGAUUGUAUUUCGUGAUGGAAUACGUGAAUGGAGGUGAUCUUAUGUUUCAAAUACAGCAGUGCGGGAAGUUUAAGGAACCAGUCGCAGUAUUUUAUGCAGCGGAAAUAGCUAUUGGAAUGUUUUUCCUUCAUAACCGAGGAAUAGUGUACAGGGAUCUGAAACUGGACAAUGUCUUGUUGGAUUCAGAUGGACACGUGAAAAUUGCAGAUUUUGGCAUGUGCAAGGAAGGAAUAUUAGGAGAUAAAACGACGAAAACAUUUUGUGGAACACCAGACUAUAUUGCCCCAGAGAUCAUCUUAUAUCAGCCUUAUGGUAAAUCCGUUGACUGGUGGGCUUAUGGUGUUCUUUUAUAUGAGAUGCUUGUGGGGCAACCCCCUUUUGAUGGCGAGGAUGAAGAAGAACUCUUUGCAUCCAUAACAGAUCAUAAUGUAUCAUAUCCAAAAUCCCUAUCCAAAGAAGCUAAAGAGGCAUGCAAAGGAUUUCUAACGAAAAAUCCAUCAAAACGUCUAGGCUGCAAUGUUCACGGUGAAGAAGAUAUUAGAAUUCAUCCCUUCUUCCGACGGAUAGACUGGAAUAAAAUAGAAAACAGAGAAGUACAGCCUCCUUUCAAACCGAAAAUUAAGCAUAGGAAAGAUGUUAGCAACUUUGACAAACAGUUUACUAGUGAGAAGACAGAUCUAACUCCGACAGACAAGUUGUUCAUGAUGAAUCUUGAUCAGACAGAAUUUUUUGGAUUCUCCUUCCUCAACCCUGAAUUCGUGCAGCAUGUUUAAAUGUCACGAAUUUCAGAUAAAAGAAGUAUCUCUUAAGAAAAUUUCUCGAAAUGGAUCUCAGGAAAACGUCAGGCAAUAUUUUUCUUCUGCUAGAAUUAAGCGGAAAUUUGACACAGCAUAAAUUUGCUGAAUUUAGAUGGUGCUUCAUUUAAGCUCAAUAUGAGUGCAAUACUUAAAAACAUAUUAGUUUGUUUUUGUUAAGAUAAACUCGGCAUCGUUUUCAUUCAUUUAAACACUGUAUUGGAAUACUUUUUUUAAUAAAAAUAUGCGGAAUUUGUAGAAACAAAUUAAAUUACUACAUACGUGAGCUUAUGUACAGAAAUUAUAAUCCUAGUUUUAAUUUAUAUUGAAAAGUAAUUUAGAAAUAACAAAAUGUAAAGGACUUAAUUUGUGUAAUAUUUUUAGAUCUAAAAUUUAAAUAAAACAUAAGCUAGCAGAAACGUUACAAUAAAAAUAUUUUUAGUUCAAUAUGCUUUAUUUAAUAAGACUAAUAUUUACUUUAGCGAAAAUCUGUGCAAUUUCAGUUGGCUAAUUGAGAGAUUUUCGUAAUUUACUUUUAAAUAUUAUUUAUCUUAUAUAUCUGAUUUCACAUAGUUGGAUAUGGAGACUUCUUGUCAUUGAUAGUACAUGCAAUUCUGAUUAUUUUCUACGAAAAGGAACUACUCCUAAAACGACAGAACCUUUAUAAUUGUAUUUCAAAGAGAGUUCUAAAUAAAUUAUCAUUAUUAAAAAUUACACUCUUUUCAAAAUUAAUUAUUAGAAGUAUUUAGUUCUGGAGUAAAAUCCCUUUUUAAAUGCAAAUAAAAACUUUCUGUAAAAUUUAGCUAUUAAAAUUAAAAUCUAUGAAAUAUAAUAUGAAAUUUGUAACACGUUUUUGGAUUGAUGUUAAGUAUCUUAACGAUUCAGAUAAUCUACAGAAAAAUAGGUUAGUAUUAGUAAACUUUAAUUUUCACAACGUUUCGGGAAAUUUUCUUUAAGAGUUUUAAAAGCAGCUCAAAGGACAGAGAAGAAUCAUCAAGACUUUUCCAACGUUCGUGCAGCUUUCUCUUUGUACAUUCAUUCUUAUACGCAGCUGUAUUUUCAAUGAGCAUGUCACUAUUUAAGAGUUUAUACUUUAUUAAGAAUGAAUGAUUGCAUGUGGAAUAUUGAUGUCUAAAAUGUUAUCCAAUGAAUGUAAAUUUUUUUCAUCAUUUAACCUGAAGGCAGCUGACAAGAUAUAUCAUUUUUUAAACUACUGGUGUCUUUAAAGUAGUAGAGUAAUUUAAUCUUAUAGAAGAAACGCUGAUUUUGAAACGAAAUCAGUGCGCAUGAAAAUGCAACACAUGUGGGAGUUUAUGAGAAGGAUUUGUAAAAAAUACAAUGUGGCAAUGCAUUUUCAUGUGAUCGUGAAAAUUGUGUGAACCAGUCUCUGUGACAAUUAAUUAUCACAUACUUAUGUGCAACAUUAAAAUUAUGUAUAUAGAUACGUAAUGUGUAUGUAAGGAAUUUAGUUCUUUAUUAAAAACGUGUUUCAUUCCAAAUUGAAAAUAAGCAAAUGAAUUAAAUGAUAUAAACAAAUAAAAUAAAUAAAUGAAUAAAUAAAGUAAAAAGUCAUCAAAUAAGAGAAAAUAGAGCCUUAUAUUUCUAACAUUUUAAAACAUUGUAAACUCAUUAACUGCUGUUGUUUUUAACAUGUCGUUUCAAACAUAAAACAGAAACUUACAGGUAUCUUUCAAUACUGUUCUUAAUCACACGUUUCCAAUAUGAAUAUAAAAUAUUGUUUAGUGAAAUAAGCAUAUAGAAUGGAAAUUAAGCCUUAAAGGAAAUAUUUUACUUUAAAUUUAUGUCUAGAGGCCUACCAUAUUCAUUGCCGCGGCAACCAGUUUGUUAUUAUCACUAUUUUUACCCCUAAAUCAUAGGUACUUUUCAACAUUUAUAUGGAAUAUCUUAAUUUGUGUCGAAGUCUAGUGUAAGCAAUGAAUCUUAUUAUGAAAAUUGAGGUUAGGAUAUGCUUGUAGGAUUCCCCAAAAAGCAAAUGUUUGCUUGUCCGUGAUUUUGUGGAGUAUAUAUUUUAUGGUUUUAGGAGAGAUUUAUAUAACAUUUUUUACAGAUAUUAGGAAGAAGAAGAAUUUCAUUGGUAUUUCAUGAAGUUUAUACCUUCAGCUGGAAUAAACGAUGCGGGGCAUUCUUGAACGAGCAUAAUUAAAACUUGAUUACCAUUCGGACUUUUUUUGGUGGUAGUUGGUGCCUAUGCGUAAGCCCCUUCAUGAGUUUGUGUUUAAAAUUUAACAUUAAACAGGUUGUGUAAGUGUAUCGCAGGCAAUAAAUGUUUGUGACGGCUUAAAACUGGUUUACGUUCUUUGGUACACCUUAUAAUUCGGAAACAGAAAGAUAUUUGUUUUCAACUUUUGAAGAACAAAAACAAGCGUAUUUUCUAAGCUAAAACGUAGCGAUGUUUCAAUAAAGGUGCGAAGAAUAUGCCAAAAUAUUGCUACAAGUUAGAGAAUGAAUUGUUAUAUUAUAGCAAUACUACCAGAACUAUUGUAUUUUUAAUAUAUGUUAAAAAGUAUGUGAUAAGAUUAAACACUCCAGUGGUUUUUAAACUGUUGAUUUACAAUUCAGAACAAUGCAUUCAUUUUUUAUGACUUGCAACGACAUAUUUAUCGGGUAAAUGUCAUUAAACAAAAUAUUUCUCAUCUAUCAGAAUAAGUUUCAAUAUUUGGAAUUAAGCGUUUGGGAAUCACAACACUCUCUUUUAUUUUUUGCACUCUAAAAUACCAGAUUUGGCAUUACGUAUGAUGCAAUUAUGUUUCAUUAUAUUAAUUAUUAAACAAAAGCAUCUUUGUUUACCUUAGCAGUUUUAUAUCCCUGUGGUGCCUUCUCCUUGAUUGGCGAACAUGUUAGUGUUCCAGACACUAGUUAGCAGUAUUAUAAUUUUUAAAAUCCGGCAAUUGAAGUCUGACAUUAAUGUCGAUUUUUCAAAAUUUUAUUGCAGAUGUAAUAGAUUAUUUACUGAUAAUCACAUAAGCAAAAUUAUCAUUCUGCCUUUUAGUAAUUUGUACAGUGCAUAUUUAUUUUAUUCAUAAGUUUAGUAUGAUUUGGGUAGUAACAUUAAAUUGAGAAGCCUACGUUGGUGCCACAGUUUCAAUUCUUAUAUAGAGGUACAUACGCCAAAUAAAACAUUUGAUUCAAAUGACAAAAAAAUUACAGUUCACAAAAUUCAAAUAAAUUAAAAUCAUUAAACGCUCAUUAGCUUUCCUGAAGAGUAUUGGUUUACAAAAGAUGCAAGCCCAACUAUGAAUGUAAGUUUACUCUUUAUUGUACUUAGAUUUUAGAAAUAAGAACCUUCUAUUCAUCAUCAUCAUCAUCACCAUCAUCAUCACCAUCAUCAUCAUCAUCAUCAUUAUCAUCACAAUUUGGAUUAGAAAUAUAUUUAAUGUAACAGAAUAUUUUGUUUCAGACAAAAUUUGAAAUGUUUAGAAUCCAUUUCAUUAUUCUUUCUUUCUUUUUUUUUUAUAAAUACUUGCCACUGAAACUUAAGUCUGAAAAAUUUGUAAACUGCUCACUUUAGUCAUCAAUACGGUUUGCUUUCAGCUGCGUUUGUUUUGAAUAUUUUAACAAGAAAAUUUAACUAUGUUUGAUUAGGUGUAGCUACUGAUUUCGUUCUCUUUAAUAUACUUUAGAAAACAGUAUAUUAUUAGCAUAAUUUACUAAGCCUACAUCUUUCUGUUAACAGCCUUUAUAAAAUUAAACAAAUGAAUAAAAACAUAACAUUAGUAUUGUAGGAAAUACUUUAAUAUAUCAAAAUAUAAACACAACAUGGUGCUUUAUAAUUAUUAUUUUUGUAGAAUAUUCAUUGAAAAUUAUGUUUUGUAGCUCAGGCAGGUUUCUGGCGCAAAGUUUUCCUAACGCCAGUUUUAAAAAUGGAGGAUAGAUCAAGCGAAAAUUUCUAAUUGUAUGAGAGAAUGAAUUAAGCAUAGUUAAAUAAUAUUAGUAGUAUUACAUUUUGAAACUGUAACAAAAUAUAAAUUUGUAUAUUGCAUCAAUAAGGAAAUGAUAAGUUUUAUAACAAAACAUCUUAUUUGGAAAACAUCGGUCUCUGAGUAGUUAAUUUGGUUUCAGCUAAUUCAAUAUUUUAUUUUCCUGAUUUUCCAUCCUAUUUCACUUCUGAAUGUUUACUGAUACACUUGAGGACUACUCUUAGAGAUUUCUUUCUUCAUACUGUAAUAUGCCUGAACACACAUAUAAUUGAGUUUCAAUUUUACUGUGCUUUCUUUUAUACUUAAGAAGGAAGAAUUACCUAGUCUUCGAAGAGAAAAAUAUCUCAGUGAAGAUAUUGUUAAAGUGCGCGCUUACAGAAAGAGAUAUAUCUAGUCAUAUAUUUAUUAAUAUAGUCUCUCAUAUUUUUCUUACUGAUGUAGAAAAGAGAGACAUCACUAUUCGUAUUUAUUUAUAAAAAAAAAACUGCACUUACUUUUACAGGCAGCCUUCUUACAAGUUGCCUUGUCAUCUCAUGCUAUCCAUGUUUUAUAAGGAAAGUUUCUUUUCCAAAGAGUUCCAGUUUUGCCAUUUGUUUAUGUCAUUGCAAUGUAUAUUUAAAACUUUGCAUCGGUAUAUAUGUAUAAACGUAUUUAGAUAUCAUUUGUAUAUGAAACAUUAAGAAAGGUAUUUGAUUGAGAAAUUGUAUAAACAAUUUUAGUUAUAAUUCCUGUACUGGGAAAGUAAUUAUUUAAUUUUUCAGUAUUGUAACUUAUUUCAGGACAAACUUAUGUGCGUCACUGAAAUAAUUUUGUAAAAAGAACAGUAUUUAUAUUUAUAUAAAACAUGAUUCUGACUUGAAAUCAAAAUCGGCUUUAUGUGAUAAAAUGUACAAAAAAGAGGUAAAUUUGUAGUUAAUUAUCAGAUUGUACACAUUUGCUCCUGAAACGAUUUCAUUCGAUGCAAUUCCGUAUACACUGAGGUUUUUCAAAUCUCGAAAAUAUAGUGUAUGCUUUAGAGCUUAUGAAUUGUGUGAAAAUUUGAAAGCAAUGUUUUCCUAAAAUUCUUAUAAACGUCAUGUGUGUGUUCUGCUUCCAGUUUGUAUUUCAUUCUAACAAUUUCUUCAAUUUAACUGCAGACUUUCCUGAUGAAUAACAAUUUUCGAGAACAAUUUAUUAGGUACCUAGUUCUGUAACAAGUGAAGGCAUGCAAUAUUUGCUUCUACUUCUUAUUUUGUGUAUAAGAACUGAGUGAUGUAUAUGUAAUCACAUAAUGUAAAUACAUGUAAUAUAAGCUAUAAUAUAAUAAAUAAAAGUUUUCUCACUCCUUA